UAAACAGCUGAGAUUUUGGAGAGAUGGAACCGGAGGGUUUGAGGCGAUAUUUCCCGGUCUUCUCGCCUGAUUGGAUCAGGCAAAGAUGAUGUCAGACGACCGCAUGCGCCCCGGAUUGGAGAAAGCGGAGUAAACAAAGCCGCGAGGAGGAGGAGGAGGAGAGGUCUCCACAUCUUCAGACAGUCCGACCAACACGCCAAAUCCGAGUUUACGCACAGGAGAGAGCGGCCCCGGCGGCGCGUACUCGUUGGUGAAGGCUGAAAGUUACGCUGACAGCCCGACUUUAAUAGGUGACUUCUGGAAAAGCUAAAGGGAAAAUUACCGCCGUCUUUUAAUCCGGACGCCGUACAGUUUUCUCGUUUGAGUAGGAGACUGAUUGCCUAACUCAGCGCGCAAGCGAUCGUUAAUAAUUAUCGAAGGAACCCCCGCCAGUGUGGGUCUCCAUUAUUGCGCAUUUUGCGCAAAUGCACUUCAGACAAAUUAAAUUAGUGACACUAAAUCAGAUCCACAUCAGCGCCGCGCAGCCGCUUGGAGACAGCAUGUGUGCUUUGAACUAGGCUCUGCGUCCAACGCAUGCUCCGAUAAGUUGAGGGCACUCAGGGACGUCAGGGUAGAAACCACCAGCUAAAAGUCAUCUGGGACACUUUGAGGUGUGUUUGGAGACGUUUGCCUGUCGCGUCCGCUCGUCCCGCCGAGCGGCGGAGUGUCCAGCUCAGGCCGGCAGCGCUGACAUGCUGCCCAAAGUCGAGACUGAAUCCCCGGGACUCACUCGAUCGUAUGGCGAACAGGGGCACAUGCCAAGGAACAUGCAAGCUCCCCAGUUAAAAAUGAUGGACUAUUCUUAUGACGAAGACUUGGACGAGAUGUGUCCCGUGUGCGGAGACAAGGUUUCUGGGUAUCACUACGGACUCCUGACCUGCGAGAGCUGCAAGGGCUUCUUCAAGCGCACCGUCCAGAACAACAAGCGCUACACAUGCAUAGAGAACCAGAGCUGCCAGAUUGACAAGACCCAGAGGAAGCGCUGCCCGUACUGCCGCUUCCAAAAGUGCCUCACCGUCGGCAUGAAGUUGGAAGGUACGGCAACACGUCCACGCUCUCGCGGCUCAGGUGUUCGGCUCACGCGUGGAGCUGCUGAUUUUAUGAUCCAGGGCCUCGUGUGUAAAAGUCAGACAUGACCUGUGCUGCUGGCGAAACAUUUAAAGAAAAAGUUGACCUUUGCAAACAGAAACAGUGAUUAUUAUUUAGAUAUUUAACCCACGUGACCCUGAGAGAGGAGCAGGUGGCUGAUUGCAACAUGGCGGCAGGUCACUGCAUAGAAAGGGUUGAAAUAGAGGAAAAGCACCGCUAUGUUAUAAAACCAUACGAAUAAAGGUCUGCAAUAAAAACGUCACUGACUUAGAAGCGAGCAGUCACUGCAAAAGUGGCCUCACAAUAUAAAAAAUGACUCAUAACACAGAGGAGUGGACCACAUUUGGUGCAUGUAGCAUGUAUCAUAUUAUUGGAAGAUUAUCCUGAGGUUUCAUAGUAAACCCCAGUCACUAAAACAUGAUCUGUAAGUUACAGUUCCCAUCUGCAGCCGCGGAAAAGCAGAUCCAGGCGGCGUUGGUGCCGUCGGCGCGCGGCAUCGCACAGUAUUCGAGAUAUGAUGCCUGUUUGCAAUUACUGCUUCUGAAAGUCGGGAAGGAAAAAGUUAGAACAUGGAGGGUUGAGCGCUCCGACGCUCGCGCAGAGGUGCUUUAAAAGCGGGUAGCGAAGUUCUAGUGAAACGACCGAGCAAGUGUUUUUCCAUGAUUUCACAAUGUGACACAGUCGAAUGCGACGCCUCGGCUGCUUUUCUUUUUUACCUCCUCUAAAUUAAGAAAUCCACCAAUAAAAACUUGAACAUCUGAUCUGACCAAAAUGCUUGGAUUCUAUUUAUUCAGUCAGUUGACAGUGAAGCACUUGUUAAGUUGUGCUGGUUUGUUAGUCUUUGACUUGGGGGCUCUGGUGGCGCUCCUGAAUGAGGCAGACAGAGCAAUAGGUAAAAUGUUAAAGUCGGCGGCGAGAAUGGAAAUGAUGGUACUUUUGGCCAGACGCUUCCAGGCGUCUUUGUUUAAUUUGAACGUGGCUCAGGACCUUGUUAAACACGGCAGUGCAGAAGUGACAGGACCAGGGAGCGAGGAGCAUUUUAAGAUAAUAAAACCUGAUUCUUCUUUUUCACACAUUAGUCAACAGGUUUUCUUUGAAAUCAAUAACUCCAAAGUAAAUAGUGUGACCUGAAGAUCUUUUUAUCGUAAAGAGGUAGCGGUUGUUAUUUUACAAUGUUGUCAUUUAAAAAUACAGCAAAUUAGUUUACAUGGUGCUGCCUUUAAUAUGAAUAGCUCUUAUGUUAUUUAUACAAUUUCAGUCUGCUUUGCAAUUUAAAGUCAGCAAAAACUCCUCAGGCCCCUGAAAUUACAGCAGAAUAAAGCAAAUAUGUUAAAGAAAUUAGAGCCUGGGCGUGUGAAGGUGCAGCACAGACCGCCCAACAGAACCUUUCCAGAGGCUUCUCCCUCCACCUGCCACUCGCGCUGUAAUUAAUUGCUGUUAAUU